AUGUCGGGGAACGAGGUCGCGCACGAUCCUCUGCCUGUUCCAUCUACAAGCCGUCAGCUUCGUCCGUACAGGUCGCGCGCGACGUCGCGCACGACGUCCAGGUCUACUAACUCCUCUCGGGCCUCAUCGGUGGCACAAUCAGUCUCCGCAAACAACGAUGGGCCUAGUGAAGCUGGGCCGUCCAACUUGGCCAGUUCGUCGUACACUGCUACGGCGGACAAUGGGCACGGCAGCGGCGCGCCAUCUCUGCCUAUGGGCGAAGAUACUAUGAUGGCGGGGCUAACGAACCUUAUGGGGCCCUCGUCGGGAGAUGUCUCUCAAGCUGAGUCUAGUUCUCGACCGAGGGGAUUGAAGAGGAACGAGCCGGUACUCACCGGGCCUUCGAGCCCUGGUCGGGCGAGGAAGCGAAGGAGGGUCAGCUCUGAAGGCAUCGGCGUAGACACCGCUCGUGACCUCCCGCCGACGCGCGGGAUCACUCCCGAAAUCAUUGACUUGUCCGAGGGAGACCCGGAUGAAGACGUUCUGCGUAUGAUCAGUGAAUCGGAGUCUACAGCUGGACCGGCGCUGAGCUCCUCCCUCUUCCCCGGUCCUUCAUCCUCACGCGUCCCGCUCCCCUACGCUCGUGCGGAGGAACCCAUCGACGUCGACUCCUUCUCUGCGGAGCCCACACCUCCCGCCCCCGCCUCCUCCUCCUCCUCCUCGAAAUCUAAACUUCCUGCCCCUACCUUACCAGUCGCACCACCCUUAUCCACCGCACCCGAUCCCCCACCCACCAUCGAGCCCCUCUCAGCCUUCAACUGCCCGAUCUGCUUCUGCCCGCCGACGCACGCGACGCUCACACCAUGCGGGCACGUGUGCUGCGGCGAGUGCCUCUUCACGGCGGUCAAGACCGCGCUCGCGCGCACGGGCGGGGUGAUGAUGAAUGACGCCAGGUGUCCAGUGUGCCGCGCAAGCUUGCCGGGGUGGGACGGGAAGGGCGGGGGCGUUAUCGGGUUGAAGCCGAGGACUGUCCUGAGAUGGAAAGCUCACCGGCACCUUGUAAUCGCGUUUAAUACGGGGCCAGAUCUCACCGCCCGCGCGACACUUCACGGCUCAGCUAUAAUUCCUGCUGGUGCAUCCUAUCAUCUGGGGGUGAUGGGCGAAGUCGACGGGCCCGUUCAGAUUCAGAAGUUCCUGCGGAGUGAGAUGGACAUCCCACUCUUCUUCUCGUCGGUGACCCCGCAGUGA